GAAGAAUACAGAGUUGUAUUCCAGAGUUGACUCUUCAUGGCACAUAUUGUUAGAGGAUACCCAUUGGCACUUAUUUUUAUAAUCAUGUGCCUGUUGAUUAAAGCAAAAAUAGAUGUGUGCAAGAGAGGAGAUGUGGCUGUGAAGCCUUCCCGGGUAAUUUCACUUGGAUCGAGUGUCAAUAUUUCAUGCUCUUUGAAGCCCAAACAAGGCUGCUUGCACUAUUCCAGUUUUAACAGGUUAAUCCUCUACAAAUUCAACAGAAGAAUCAGUUAUCACCAUGGUCACACCCUCAGCUCUCAAGUCACAGGUCUUCCCCUUGGUACAACUUUGUUCGUCUGCAAACUGGCCUGUCUCAAUAGUGAUGAGAUUCGAGUAUGUGGAGCAGAGAUCUCCGUUGGUGUUGUUCCAGAGCAGCCUCGAAACUUGUCUUGCAUACAGAAGGGAGAACGGGGGACCGUGGCCUGCAUCUGGGACAGAGGACGAGAAACCCACCUAUAUACUAAUUACAUAUUACAGUUAAAUGGGCCAAAAAAUUUAACUUGGCAGAAACAAUGCAAUGAUCAUUAUUGUGACCGUUUGGACCUUGGAAUCAACCUAACCCCCGAAUCAUCUGAAUCCAGUUUCACGGUCAAGAUUACUGCCACCAAUAGUCUUGGAAGUUCUUCUUCUUUCCCAUCCACGUUCUCAUUCUUGGACAUAGCGAAGCCUCUUCCUCCAUGGGACAUCAGAAUCAAAUUUCUAAAUGCUUCUGUGAGCAGAUGUAUCCUUCAGUGGAGAGAUGAGGAACUGGUGCUGCUUAACCGACUCAGAUAUCGACCCAGCAACAGGAGGUCCUGGACUAUGAUUAAUGUUACAAAUGCCAAAGGAAGACAUGAUUUGCUGGAUCUGAAACCAUUUACAGAAUAUGAAUUUCAGAUUUCCUCUAAGUUACAUCUUUAUAAAGGAAGUUGGAGUGAUUGGAGUCAACCAUCGAGAACACAAACACCAGAACAAGAACCUACUGGGAUGUUGGAUGUCUGGUAUAGGAGACAGCACAUCGACUACAAUAGGCAACGGAUUUCUGUUUUCUGGAAGAACCUGAGUAUAUCAGAGGCAAGAGGAAAAAUCCUACAUUAUCGGGUAACCUUGCAGGAGGUGACAGGGAAGAACACCACACUGCAGGAUAUCACGGGACACAGCUCGUGGACCUGGGUCAUUCCCAGAACUGGGAAUUGGGCUGUGGCUGUGUCUGCAGCCAACUCAAAAGGCAGUUCCCUUCCCACUCAUAUUAACAUAACGGACCUGUGUGGGGCAG